GCUGUUUACGACCAAUUGUUUACCAUUCUCUGGGGGCUGUGAUUCGGGAAACUAGUCUCUCGUGUUUGCCUAGAGAAAGUGCUGCUGUGGAAAAUUAAAUUGGAAGAGAUCUUAGAACAUCAUUCCUCUGGCACAGCAGCUCUUUUGCAGGUGGGGCCUCCCCGCUCCUGUGAAGGGCAGCUCCCUAAUUCACAAGAGCACCGCUUAGAAUUCCAGACACGCUGCUUAUACUUCAAGCCAGAAGGAGCUUGCUUCAUAAACGGAGGCCAGAGAGGCUGAGUUUUCUGGUCUCAUCAUUGAGACAGUCUGACCUAGUUACAUGACCAUGGACUUGGAAGACCACAGACAUGGGUCCAGAUCCCAGCUCCAGGACCUGUGUGACCAUCAGCCUCUACUCCCUCAUCUGUAGAGCCAGCGAAGUAACUCGCUCUUCAUAGGAUUAUUUCGAAAGUUAAAUUAAAUAUAGGUUCGACGUGGCCUGGCUGAGUUUCUGGGCUACGAGAGGGCAGGCGCCUGAUGGAUGUUGUUCAACAUUUUCCUUUAUUUCCUAUCAAAAUCGCACCCCUUCAGGAGACAUCCUACUGUCGCUACCUACAGUGCUGGCUCCUUUGUACUGACUGACGCUUUGUUUCUAUAAGAAGUAUGUAAUGAGAGGGGCCUGGGUGGCUCAGUUGGUUGAGCCACCGACUCUUGAUUUCGGCUCAGAUCGUGAUCUCACAGUUUGUGAGAUCAAGCCCCACAUCGGGCUCUGCGCGGACAGCGUGGAGCCUGCUUGGGAUUCUCUCUCUCUGCCCCAACCCCGCUUGCUCUCUCUCUCAAAAUAAAUAAAUAAACUUAAAAAAAUUUCAAAAUGUUUAUUGGAAAAAAAAAAAGAAGUACGUAAUGAAUGAUUGAAUGAACGAAGGAGGUUGUGCUGAGGAGGAGGUUGCGUUGACCCUGCCUCAGCUUGGGAGUGCCUUGCCCCAUUGCCAGCCUGACUGUCUCCUCUUCUCUUCCUCUGCAGAAGCCUUUCUGACCAACCACACAGAAACAGUCACCGUGGAGGAAGGCCAGACGCUCACUCUCAAAUGUGUCGUUUCUCAGGGGAAGACCACGUCCCUGCAGUGGCUGGCCCCAUCAGGGUUCACCAUUUUUUUAAAUGAGCAUCCUGCUUUAAAAAAUCCCAAAUACCAGCUUCUGCAUCACUCCGCCCAUCAGCUCUCCAUCGGCGUGCUUAAUGUCAGCCAGCAAGAUGAAGGCGUGUACAAGUGUUUACGAUACGGCAGCUCCGUGAGAACAAAGGAAGUAAAAGUGAUCGUGACAGCAACUCCUUCCGCACCAAUCCUGGAAGCUUCAGUUACCAGAAUGCAAAAUGGAAAAGAACACGUUACACUUAAAUGCUCCACCGUGAGAAGUAAGCCCCCUCCGCAGAUAACUUGGAUUUUAGGGAACGACAUAGAGCUCUACGGUGAAACCCACCAUGAAUUUGAAACCGAUGGGAAGAAAUGUAACAGCAGCAGCAUCCUCAGAGUCCACACGUACAGCAAAAACUCAACAGUGGACUGCAUUAUCCGACACAAAGGUCUACAGGGAAGAAAACUGGUGGCACCAUUCCGAUUUGAAGAUAUGGUUACUGAUCGAGAGACAGCUUCAGAUGCCCUGGAGAAAAACUCUCCAUCGUCUGCAGACCCUCAGCAGCCCACUAGCACUGUUGCAGUAGUGGAAGAUUCUAAUACAACAGAGAUUGACAAGGAAGAGAAAAACCAAACCGCUCAAGAUCCUGACUUAACCACUGAAACAAAUCUUCAGUACGUGGGGGUGAUAAGGAGGAAAAAUGGCAUUCUGCUGCUCACCCUGGUCUCCUUUCUCAUCUUCAUACUCUUCAUCAUCGUCCAGCUCUUCAUAAUGAAGCUUCGGAAAGCACACGUGAUAUGGAAAAAAGAGAACGAAAUUUCAGAACACACGCUGGAAAGUUACAAAUCGAGGUCAAAUAAUGAAGAAACAUCAUCCCAAGAGAAAAAGGACCAAACUUUCCACUCGAAGAGCUACAUGAACUACAUCACACGGUUGUACUCUGAAGCAAAAACAAGGCGGAAAGACGAUCCACGGAGUUCGAAAUUCAAAGGAGAGCCCGCUCACAUACCAGAGACCAUUGUGUAACGUCCUUUGCGACAGCAAAUACUGACUUCGGUGCAGCUGCAGGCCUCACAGUGGAGCAGCCCAGGGGAAGGAGCAAAAUUACGGUCACAAGAAAAAAUAUACUUUGAGUGCAAUGCAACAUGGUAGACUGCCGUGGCACCCUGCCCUGGAUUCAGGGCUGUGAAAUGAGGACCAGACCAUGGACACAAAGCUUCAUAGUUAAAAAAAAAAAAAAAAAAAAAAGAGAAGAGAAGAGGAAAAGAAAAGAAAAAAGAAGAGGAAAAAACCUAUCAUGCCUGACACUACUUCAGAGAAGGAGGAGACUCUUAAGUCUUGGAGAUCAGGGCUGAUUGGGCCAGCUAGCAUCUUACCAUGAAG